AUGCUAUCGCGGCUCACACCACUGGCCGCGCGACCGCUCAGCCUUUCGUCGGUUCUGGCCAGUCCUUCACAAAAUGCGACAGCAUCGGCGAUCAGAACUCACAAGUUGCCUGGGGAAAGGCUCCAACUCGCAAAGUAUGGUGGCCGUCACACAGUGGUUGCUCUGCCGGGAGACGGUAUCGGGCCGGAAAUGAUGGAUCACAUUCGUACCAUUUUUCAAUACAGCCAUUCUCGAAAUGUUGAACUUCGCACCAGGCUCGAUCUCUACGCCAAUAUCCUUCACUGCGUCACGAUUCCUACGGUACCCACGAGACACAGGGAUAUCGACAUAAGUGCUUUGAUUCGGCGGAGAGAAUACGAAGGCGAAUACUGUCUUGGUCUCAACACGAGACAUGGCCAGGCGAUCGUCGAAAGCAUCAAGAUUGUAACUCGUCCCUGUAUUGAGAGGAUUGCCCGUAUGGCAUUCGAAUACGCGGCACUGAACAAUCGCAAGAAGGUGACGGCCGUUCAUAAGGCGAAUAUUCAGAAACUGGGAGACGGGCUCUUCUUACAGGUUGUGAAAGAAAUGGCCAAAUCGGACUAUCCACAGAUUGAAUUCGAGUCAAUGAUCGUCGAUAACGCCUGCAUGCAACUCGUUUCUCGACCCCAACAGUUUGAUGUGAUGCUGAUGCCCAAUCUUUACGGGAAUAUCAUCUCGAAUAUCGCCUGUGGACUGGUCGGAGGACCUGGCUUGGUCUCCGGGAUGAACAUUGGUGAAAAUUAUGCAGUCUUCGAAACGGGCACACGAAAUACGGGUACAUCACUGGCCGGCAAGGAUCUCGCCAACCCGACCGCAUUCAUUCGAGCCAGUGUUGAUAUGCUCAGGUACCUCGGUUGCCACCAACAUGCUGAUCUCAUCUCAGAUGCUUUAUGGAAGACAUUAGUAGAACAGAGAAUGCAUACCAGGGACAUCGGAGGCACGCAUAAGGCUUCGGAAGUAGUGCAAAUCACCUUGGACAACAUUGCUAGCAUGAGGCGGUAG